UGAAUGCGAAAAAGAAAAUAUUUUCUUGAGUGAAAAUGUUGUUGAUGUCCUUAAACGCAGUUUUCCUAAUUUUACUAAGCUUGGACAAAUCGACCACUGCUUUGAGUACCAAAGGAUCUUCAACUCAAUUCCAAACUCAAGAUCCGAUAAAUAUUGUUCCUAGCAAAGUGAAAACAAUCUUUCUUGCACCAUUGAUCGUUCUUGAAAAUGCGUUUGAUAAUAUUCUGGUCAAUAAUACCGGAAGAUCAGUCCGACUAAUCGAGGAUGAUCCUAUUACGGCGAAUAUAAUAACAGGAGGAGUUCUAGGCUUUGAAAUAUAUGUUUACGGGGAAACUAUAUUUUACUGGGCUAAUAGCUCAUAUGGCGUAGCUUACACAACAGUUGAAGAUGAAAUAAGGGCUCCAUUAGUGGCUUGCAUAAUGUACUACAACAAAAGAUACAAAUCGUUCAACGAUGCUCUGCAUUACAGCAAUGGUAUAGCCAAAAUCUGCUUUCCUAUAAACGUUGGUCCAAUUGAUAAUCCAUUAUUCGUCCCAUUCGCACUUUCCUUGAAAGAAAUUCAACAACCGAAAUCCUCAGUUAAAAUAAAACUUCUACCAGCUUUCAUAUUUUACGCUAUUACACCACCUCUCAGCAAGUAUUAUGCUUAUCAUGGAUCAAUACAGGAUGAUGAAAGUGGAAAAACAUAUUAUUGCACAACAACCAUCAUUGCUCCUCAAUUACCAUAUCAUUUUAUAUCAAAAAAACAGUUUCAUGACACAUUUUUACAAUUACACGGCCCCAAUGGCAAAAAAUUGGUGAAUAAUCCUCAACCAGCUCCGCAAGGAAUGAGCAAAGUUGUUCAAUCAUACGGCAUAUUGAAAAUAAUAAACUUCAUAAAAACACCCACCAGAAUUGGAAGCCAAUAAUUCGGUGAAGAUAUUUUAUUUUUUGAGACGGUGUGUCAAUAAAAUAGGUAGGUAGAUUGUUUAUUUGACCUAAUUAAAGGUUUACACGAAUGGAGGAAGUUAAACCGAAGUUUUUAAUUCACUGUUCAAACUUUCAAUGUCAAAUAUAUAUAAAGAUACCUA